AUGCAGAUUAUGGAUAUGCAUCUUUCAGUUUUUAUGACUAAAUGGAUAGCAAGGAGAAGAAUGAGGGAAAUGCAAUCUCCUAACAUUGUAUAUUUUUUGAAGAAAAAAGUCAUUCAAUACAUGUAACUUGCUAAUGAACCUCCAAAAUAAAAACAUGAUGGAAAUCAAGAAGAAGACUUUCUAAAACCUCCAAAAUUAAACAUACAACCAUAUGCAAAAGUUUCACCAAUGUUUGAUGCAGAAAAUAAAUAAAUACCAAAUUAAAAUCUAGCUGUAUAUAAUGAUAAUCUAUUCGGACAAACAGAUUAAAUGACAAGACUUGAAACAGCUGCAGGAGAAAAUAAUAAAGGCUCUAAUCAUGUUACUCGUCCCCAUUCGAACAAUAAUAACUACAAUAGUAGCUUAGAUCAAAGUACUAAUGCCCCAGUAGAAAAACCUAAAGUGCAAAUAAGACCUUAUAAAUUUGAGUUUGAGUGA